UCUUCGGCUCAGCGUCCUAUGCUGUGCUUUUGUUCAUCUCUCUGAUGGCAAUCAGCUCUCAACAAUUGUGUCUUUGAAAACACAGGCAGCUUUAAGUGUUACGGAACAGAAAAACAGCAUCACAAUCCAGGGUUCAAAUCUGAGAUGUGGAUACGUGAAAUUGUGACCUUCAUAUACGUAACGGCUGUUGCAGAAGUAGGGGCGGGUACAUGGCUGAUCUAUUUUUCAAGAAAGGACAUUUGCGUUUGGGCUGGGACCACAUUAACACUGCCAUGCCGUUACGACUACCCCUCACCCUACAGCUCAACACAAGUGAUGUGGUUUCAAAUCUCCGCAGAGGGCAAACGGGAGAUCGCCUACCAUUCAGAUGGGAACACUAUGAGUCCCUCAUUCAGGGACAGGGUCAAAUACAUGGGAGGCCACAAAAGAUGCAGUUUACAGAUCACAAACGUGAAACUGAGCGAUGCAGGAACGUACCAUUUCAGAUUCGAGACAGACCACCAGCAGGGCAGAUGGACGUCACCUGAUGCUAUCAGUCUCUCCGUCACAGAUCUUCAGGUUCAUGUACAUCCGUCAAGAAUAAGCAACAUGUUUGCUGCUGGAGAGACGGUUUUUGUAAGCUGUGUGGCCCGAGGCUGUGGCGCCCCUGGCAGGAACCUUGCCCUUUAUCGCAACGGAGUCAACCUGGGGCAGUCCAGCAAGCCAUCGGCCAUCUAUAACUUUAACAGCCCAAAUGCAGGUACCUACACCUGCCGACCAAUUCCCCCUCAAAACGUUCAGUCACCUGGUGUCGUCCUGGCUCUUGGCUAUGCUCCACGAUAUACCACGGUAAACAUCAUCCCUCAGGAAGCGGUCCGAGAGGGCGAUUCAGUGACUCUGACUUGUAGCAGUGAUGGAGCUCCACCAGUAGAAAGUUUUGCAUGGUUUAAGGAAGGAGAAAGCGGAAGUGUGCCAGACAGUUUUAAUCCUGAGCUGAGAUUGUGGAGUUUGGAUUACAGGGACCACGGAGAAUACUUCUGUGAGGCCCGCAACACGCUCGGCACAGACCGGUCCAGACCAGUUUUACUGAAUGUUACCUACCCCCCAAAGAACACAAGAGUCUUGAUCAGUCCUAAAGGAGAUGUCAUGGAAGGGUUUGCCGUCAAUUUGACCUGCAGCACCAACGCCAACCCUCCCGCAGAGAAAUACGCCUGGUACAAAAUGAACGGUGGUCAGCCCUGGACCAAAGGUGCUGCUCAAAAUCUCACCUUCCUUAGUGUGCGUUCCCAUCAUGCUGGGCAAUACUACUGUACCGCAUGGAACGUGUUUGGCAUGGGGACAUCGCCCACUGUUUCCCUUUCUGUGUUUUAUGCCCCUAAAAACACCUCUGUACUGGCUCGUCCCUCCCCUGUGAUCGACGCGGGCAGCUCACUGACGCUGACCUGCAGCAGUCAGGCAAACCCAGCGGUGGAGAACUACACCUGGCACCGGAUCAAUGCGGCUGACGCCUGGGAAACUCGAUCGGGUCCCAGCUACACCAUUGCUGAGGUCAGCCCUGGAGCCAGCGGACAGUACUACUGCGUGGCCCGCAACCGCAUUGGAACGAACAGUUCCCCCAUUCUUACUGUAAAAGUUCGGGGCCGACUGAAAGUGAUUGCAUUGGCGUCUGCAGUGGGCGUCUCUGUGGGACUCAUCUCACUAACAGUGGUUGUCAUGAUCAGUAAAAACAUGCAUCGUGUGGAUAAUGAAAAUUUAGCAGAUGAUAAACAGUGUUCACCAGAAGGUGAUUUACCAAUGAGCCAAACCCACUUUAGUGAAUCAAUAUCAGAGACAUUUCUCCUCAAGGCCACAAAAAUGUCAGACAUUCCGGAGGAGCCAGAUGAGAUGUAUGAAAGUAGUCAUCCCUCCAUCAUGCCCUUAAAAGAAGCUGCGCAGAGCACAGAGGAACCAGAAAAAUUCAACUACAUUACGGUGCAUUAUUCACGCACACCCAGUAUGGACCAGGUGAAGGUUACAAACCUAUCUCCAGAUCGUGAGAAGAAACUGAAAGAUGACCCAAGUGUUUAUACUCUUCUUACCAAGCAGCCGCGACAAGAUCAAACAUGUGACAACAGUUUGGGAUAUUUUUAAAGCGACAAACCUUAAGUAUUUAUGGACUUUUAAAAUGCUUGUUGUUCACAACAUCAGUAAAAUGUAACACUAGACAGUACUGGAAAAAUCUUGCUCAUAUAUGCAGUGAGUUUGGUUGUUUACUUCAAUUGUGUGUCCAUCUGUUUGUUUAAGUAAAAAUCCAGAUAUACAGAAAUCCAGAGAUAUGUUGUCAAAAAUAUUCUUAGAUUUAUUAAUCUCAUCAUGAAAAGUUUAUUCCACUUACUGUAAAAAAAUUCAUUACAAUUCAGUAGACAAAUUGUUUUAGUGGUUUCAUACAAAAAGCUCAAAUAAAUUUCUUACCAACUUCA